AUGUCUGACCAGGAGCCUUCGGUGCUGGCGGCCUCAUCUCCGCCAUCUCUCCCGGCCACCGACUCCAAUUCUCUCACCUACGCCUUCUUGGUACAUUCUCAAAAAACCCUUACUCAGGAUCUUCCACCUCGCAUUGAUAACAAAUUACUUGCUCGGCAAAAGAGGCGUCGGACCAGCCCUGAGGACCAUGCUAUUCUAGAGGCCGAAUAUCAAAUGAACACAAAACCAGACAAAGCUGCUCGGACAAGUAUCGUGAACCGCGUCUCACUCGGCGAGAAAGAGGUGCAGAUCUGGUUCCAAAAUCGCCGCCAAAACGAUCGUCGAAAGUCGAAACCUUUGCAGCCACACGAACUAGUCGCUCCACGUAGUAUGUCUGAUCCAAAUGGUGACGAAAACGCGUCGGCGGAACCGGGGUUCUCGAGUGGGGCAGAGCAGGGUGACAACCACGACCGACCGGAAGGAGCCAGACCAAAAUCAUGGACAGGAGAACUGUUGCAGUUAUCUGAAUCGGAUCCAGUGGCAGAAAAGGAGGAAUUUUAUGCACAACUCCUGAGCACACAGACUAGCGUGGCAACAGAUCCUUUAGAUACUCCACCCACCACACAGGAGGAGUUUCCGGAGGCCGAGUCGGGACAACACACCAACAUUUCAUCACAAGAGUCCAUAAUGCAAGCACCGAAGCGAAAGAGAGCGGGAUCAGAUAUUCGGGAGGAGGCACACCAUCAACCUGAAGAUGAAGCUCAUGGUCAACAGAUCGAGAAUGUUCUUGCCACACCCGUUAAAUCUCCUCCUUCAUUACGGUUGUCUAUGUCAUUCGAUGGCGAGGCCAUGAUACGAAGGAAAGAUGAGUUGACUCCUUCCCCUCCAAAGGGCUGCAACGCACUGCGUAUUGCCAUGUCGUCGGACGGCAAAGCCGUCAUCCGCUCAGAGAAUGAGCCGUCUCCGUCCAAAAACCGAGUGGCCAUGUUCUCAGUGCGUCGAACCAAGUCUUCCAGUCUGCGUCGUAGUUCCAGUGCCAUAUUUCCGGCCACGCCGCGAUCAGUCAUGGGAGACAAUGAGCGGGUAUUCGGCCGGUCUCGCGAUCCCCGCAAUUGGGAAUCAUUUUUCGACACAGACGCACGAAGCGCCCUAUCCACCCCUACCAGUUCUCAAACAGCUCCCCAUGCUUCCCCUAGUCUCUUCCAGUCUCGCAGUCAGCGCUCUCUAUCUCGCACCAUGUCAGCACGACACCUCGCUAUCCAGGCCGAGGCUUCUCGCACACCUUCCUCCCAAUCAACAGACAAGAAGCGAAAGCUCUCUCGUACCGCGUCCUCAUUGGCGAGGCUAGAAACCAAGAACUCCAACUACCCUCAAAAAAUGAUGAACUCGAAGUCUAGCAAACCAGGCCUGGAGCUGGACCCUAACGAUUCCGACAAGGAGAAUUGGGUGCCGGGAACUCGAUCAUCCCAGGUUCGUCGACGUACAGCAUCUCACACUUCACGCCCUAUCUUGCGGGAUGCCAAUAGAAAUCGGGGUCUUGGCAUAUCUACCGGCAAACGCAGACCAUUCGCCGGCGUCCAAGGCAAAGGUCCACAAAUAAGCUCAGAGGUGUCUGCCUUCAUGUCGAGUGGCGGUGGAAGUCAAGAAGAUGAUUUGGACUGUGUCCAGGGUCUUUUGUCAUUGAGCCAAGGGGCGUGGCGAUAA